CUGUUGGCUCGCAGGGCAGCCCCUCCCUCCCAGCCUCCCUGUAGCUGUCCUGCUUCCAGUGAACCCAGGGAGGGGGUGCUGGUGCCUUCAGCCGCAGUAUCCUGCCUGCCCGCCGUUUACGGGGGAUAACAGAGCCCUCAGAUACCUGCGCCUCCCUCUUCAGACACUGAUCAGGGCCGUGCCGCCCGCCUCCCCCAACUCCCCAAGCAUCACUCCACACGUUACCGGCCACUUCGUCUCCCCACGGAGGUGCCCGCACCUCGGUCCUCAGUCAUCUCAGUGACUCAGGAUGGCCGUGCAGUGGGGCUGGGGUGAGCUCCCCACUUCUCCUGUGAGCCUCUCGCCUCCAGAGGUGAGCUGCUGCCCUGGGUGGGGGUCCCGAGCAGCCAUGCUCCCAGCAAGGCCGGCUCAGCGGCAGGAGAUGCAACGGAAAACCCGGAUGAGGGGGGUCGCGGCCCGGACACCCGCCGGAGCGUGGCCGCAGGUGGGGCGCUCCCCUCCCAGCUGCGUGUUCUUCCGCGGGACCCGGGGUGGCCGGUGCCGCCUCUCCAGGCCUCGGGUUCCCGCUCCGUGGAGCGGUUGGUCCUGGCCCUGCCGUGAGCGUAAAACAGGGCGCAUCUGCACCAUCGGCGAGGGAGCUGGUGGUGCUCCCGUGUGUGCGGUCACUUGCCACACACUUAUUAAUCACCUACUGUUUGCCAGGCGGGCUGGGAGCAGUCGGGGAGCCAGUGAUGGAACCGCGGGUCUCAGCUCGUGGGGGCGGGGGAGAUGUCCACGGGGAGCCUGCUUCCCCUUCUCUGGAGGGCCCCACCCGCAGUGGGCUUUCGAGGACCGGAAGGGGGCAGAGACGGGGUCGCGCCUCCAGUGCGGGGUGCGCCGCAGCGCCCUCCAGGAGCCGGUGGCAGCCGACCGUUGGGACGGGUGCCCCUCCCCGUGCCGGCCUCACCCCCACCCGGGGGGUACCUUGAACAUAACAGGAAAUUUCAAAUAACAGGAAACCAAGAGCGGGCAGGCGAGUGGCUCCACCCUGCCUGGGGCGAGCCGCCCCGGGCCUCAGUCUGCCCCGGGGGACCGCCAUGAACGCCACGGGGGCCCCGGCCGCGGCCCCCGAGUCCUGCCAGGAGCUGGCGGCCGGCGGCCACAGCCGGCUCCUCGUGCUGCACUACAACCACUCGGGCCGGCUGGCGGGCCGCGCCGGGCCGGACGACGGCGGCCUGGGGCUGCUGCGCGGGCUCUUCGUGGCCGUGAGCUGCCUGGUGGUGCUGGAGAACCUGCUGGUGCUGCUGGCCAUCGUGAGCCGCAUGCGCUCCCGGCGCUGGGUCUACUACUGCCUGGUCAACAUCACGCUCAGCGACCUGCUCACGGGCGCCGCGUACCUGGCCAACGUCCUGCUCUCCGGGGCUCACACCUUCCGCCUGGCGCCCGCCCAGUGGUUCCUGCGCGAGGGCCUCCUCUUCAUGGCGCUGGCCGCCUCCACCUUCAGCCUGCUCUUCACGGCCGGCGAGCGCUUCGCCACCAUGGUGCGGCCGGUGGCCGAGAGCGGGGCCACCAAGACCGGCCGCGUGUGCAGCUUCAUCGGGCUCUGCUGGCUGCUGGCCGCGCUGCUGGGCCUGCUGCCCCUGCUCGGCUGGAACUGCGUGUGCGCCUUCCAGCACUGCUCCAGCCUGCUGCCGCUCUACUCCAAGGGCUACAUCCUCUUCUGCGUGGUCGUCUUCGCCUGCAUCCUGGCCACCAUCAUGCUGCUCUACGGGGCCAUCUUCCGGGUGGUGCGGGCCAACGGGCAGAAGGCCCCGCGCUCCCCAGCCCGCCGCAAGGCCCGCCGGCUGCUCAAGACGGUGCUCAUGAUCCUGGUGGCCUUCGUGGUGUGCUGGGGCCCCCUCUUCGGCCUGCUGCUGGCCGACAUCUUUGGCUCCAACGUCUGGGCGCAGGAGUACCUGCGGGGCAUGGACUGGAUCCUGACGCUGGCUGUGCUCAACUCGGCCGUCAACCCGCUCAUUUACUCCUUCCGCAGCCGGGAGGUGUGCCGGGCAGUGCUGGGCUUCCUCUGCUGUGCAUGUCUCCGGCUGGGCCUGCGAGGGCCCGGGGACUGCCUGGCCCGGGCCGCCGAGGCCCACUCCGGGGCCUCCACCACGGACAGCUCGUUGAGGCCGAGGGACAGCUUUCGGGGCUCGCGGUCACACAGCUUCCGGAUGCGGGAGCCCCUGUCCAGCAUCUCCAGCGUGCGGAGCGUCUGAGACCAUGGCUGGGGCGUUGGUCCGGCCAUCCAGGGCAUGCCCACGCAGGCCCUCCACUGCCGCUUGGGGAGCAUGCAGGGAUGCGGCAGGCGGGCCGCAGGGAGAGGAAGGAACAGGGCAGUGGGGGGACGAGCAGUGGUUCUCCUCGAAGCCUCCUGGGGCUGCUGAUGCCCAGCGGGCUUCCCAAAGUCUCGUUGGAGCAGGAGGCAACUGCUCAUUGGAACAGAGAUCGCCUUGGAACGGGGACGAAUGGGUUUGCUGUGUGCGCCGCCCCCACCCACCCCACCGUGUGGUUCUGGGGAAGCACCAGUCCCUCUCUGGGCCUCAGUGGGGCUCCCAGGCUGUGAGGGGGGAUCUGAGGGGUGGAUGUCCGAGCAACACGUAAGUUCAAAGGUGGGACGAGGUGUCUCAGCCUCCCCUUAUUCACGUGUGCAUCAGGGUGAUGGUGUGAGGGCUGUGGGUCAGCUGGAGCUGUGCUGGGGCAGGCGAGGACCGUGAGUCUGUGCUGGGGGGGUGUGGUUGUGAGGGCACUGAUGGAGUAUGGGUGAGAGAAGGAGAGACUGAGGGCAGAACAAGUUGUGCCUGUAAGCUUGUGCCGGUGUGUCUGCGUGUGCACAGACAUCCCGGCAUGUGGCAGGCCUCUUGAGCAUGUGCACACGUGUGUGUGACCGAUCCACUCUGUUGAAGGUGUGUGUGAGAGUUUCCAGGCUGCUGGGAAAGUGAGGGCGGGGCGCCCAGUGACACUGACACCCUCGCCUUCUCGCUCACUUCCCCUUUCCCUGUCCUGUCUCUCAUCUUGGGUCCUGGGUGGCCUCCUUCCCCCACCUAUGGCCUCUGCAUCUUUGGGGACACAGCCUGGGGGUCAGCAGAGGGGGCUAGCCUAGCCCUCUCAGCCUCAGGGACUCUCACCCACUCCUCUAUAGAGUUCCCUUUAGCACUAACAGCCUUGACCUUCCCCAUCUUUAAAAUGGGCUGAUAGCAGACGGAACACACCAGAGGAAGCUGUCAGUACACGCUCAGUGCUUUUGCCACAGUGCGUGGUGUCCAUGUGUCUGACAAGACAUUUGGCGAUGGUGGAAAUGUUUUACAUCUGUGCUGCCCAGCCUGGGAACCCCACGUGGCUACUGAGCCCUUGAUAAGCGUCCAGUGCUACUGAAAAACUGAACUUGGAUUUUGUUUGCAUUUAAACAGUCCGUGGGAGUGGCGGCAACAGUAUGGGAUAGCAGAGAUGCGCCCUCUGCACACAGCUACGUCGGCGGGAAGACAGUUCUUCCUCUCCAUCCUCCCAGCCAAGGCAGUGCCUGCAGGUCUUUCUGCCUCUGUCUUGCCAAGUUCCUGGGGCAGCAUCCUGUCUGCCACCCUGGAUGGGACAGCUCUGUUCUGAGCCUCCGUUUCUCCCCUGCAGGUUAGGGGAUGCGGCGAUGGGAAACCAUCUUCUGUGCUGUUCAAUAAAGCAGCCAUUAGCCACAUGUGGCUACUUAAAAUUAAUUAAAAAGAAAUAUAAAA